AUGUCUACCUCUCGUCCUACCUCUUGGCUCGUUACCGGGGCCAACCGCGGUAUUGGACUCGAGAUCGUGCGGCAGUUGCUCGCGUCUCCGACCAACCUUGUCGUAGCCACCGCCCGUGCGCCGGAGAAGGCAACCGCACUCCACGAUCUGAGGGAGACUGCGAAGGGGACUCUUCACAUAAUCAAGCUCGACAUCAGCGACUUCGACAGCAUCCGCGCGUCCGCGAAAGAUCUGCAGGUUAUCCUCGGCGAGACCGGCCUCGACUACCUCAUCAAUAACGCCGCCAUCGCACCCCGCGACACUGCAUUCACCAUCAAGCCGGAGGAGCUGCUAGACGCGUUCAAGACAAACGCCAUCGGCCCUAUGCUGGUCUCUCAGGUAGCGCUGCCUUUCCUCGAGAAGGGUACCGCCAAGAAGAUCCUGCACAUCUCGAGCACCGGCGGCAGCGUUGGGAGCGCUGACAUAGUGGGACCAAUUGUCGCAGGAUACGCGAUGUCAAAGUCUGCCCUGAACAUGCUCGCGUACAAGCAAAAGCUAGAACGUCCAGAUUUCACUGUCAUCGCCUUGUGCCCUGGAUGGGUCAAGACUGACAUGGGUGGCGAGGGCGCGCAAAUCGAACCGCAGGACAGUGUCGCUGGCAUCCUCAAGCUGAUUACCUCCGCGACCACCGCCGACAGCGGCAAGUACCUGCGGCACAACGGCGAGUCGAUUCCCUGGUAG